GUGGUCCUUACUGACCGGCGGCUUCUCGUUUUCUCUCUUCGACCACCAUCUUCGCCGCACGCAGACAGCAAAGAACUGCUCUACGCUCCCGCGACUAUUCCAUCACAAAGGCGCCUCGUCACGCGGAGGCCUUCACGUUCUAUUCGUUUUACGUUUUCUGAGCCACACACACACACACACACACAAAUAAAGAAAGGAAACUCUCUUUGGUUUGAUUUAUUCCCUUCGAAUCCUCGCUAGUCAGCAAUGGACGCCCGUGCAAGUAUGCGGGCGAUGCUGGAAAAUGCGCGGCAGUCUAUUCGUAACCGCGCCACCAACGUCACUGGCGCCCCAGCGAGGACCAACGUGGCGACCAUCGUGUCAUCGUUAUCGUCGCACCCGCACAAGCCCGCGGAGAGCCGAGCUGCGGACGGCGCCGAAAAUCUUCACUUCACAAAGGACGUAACAGGCGGUGCCGAGGGUGCCGCCGAGGCGAACGCCCUCAACGCCAAAGACAAUCGCAUGCAGUUUGUGCAGCACUAUUAUCGCCUCCUCCUCGCCUUCAUCGAGGACAAGUCAAAGUACGAACUGGAGCUGCCGAACUUGUCUGCCCUCGACCGCAUGGUGGUGCACGCCCUGGCGGAGAAGUGCAAUCUCUCGCACGAAUCAGCCGGUGCACGCGCGGACCGUGUCAUGCACUUGAAGAAGGAUAUUCUCUUCUUCCAGCACCCCGAGGCCGCGCAGCAGGUAAAUCUGGACGAGAUCAUUGAGAAGGUGUCGUGGAAGGAAAGCAAGUACCAAAUCCGGUACGUCCGCUCCGCCAACCCGGCGCAGGUGGCCGUCGGUGACAUCGGCAGCUACGCCGACGAGGACGCGCUGCAAAAGAUUGAGCGCUUUCGCCGUGCCACCGACGAGUAUCGGCACGCUACUGACAUGGGCUACACCCAGCAGGAGCUGCUGCUGGCCGAAGCCGGAGAGCAAGCGGAGGACGGCGAGGAGAACUACGCGGCGCCAACGAACGUGGAGGAGAUUUUGAGUCGGCCCGAUCCAUCGGUGCUGACAAUCACGGCGGGGGCUUCAGGAAGCGCACCGACCUCCGCGUUGACAUCGACGUCGCCCCCAACUGCGAGUACGGCGGCGCGUGCCAUGAAGGCGGCAGCAGCGACGCCGUCCUCUUUAGCCAAGACGGCUAAGCCGGUAACGACGACGGUGUUUGACGAGGUGUGCCGCGCCUGCGGAUCACGCGUGCGACUGGAUGGCCCACCGCAGGGCUGGAAGUGCAGUCACUACUGUGCCCACUGCACCCGGCAAACCAUUUGGAGUCUGGAGGAGGUGAAGAUACAGGAGACGAGAUCGGCCGCGCAGGACACGAGCUCCCUUAAACGCGGGCGAGACGCAGCCGACGCAGCACACGCCGACGGCAAGAAGACGAAGCGGCCGCACGGUGAGGCGGCGGUAGAGCAAAUCGAUCGAGAGGAAGAUGCCGAUGAGGCUGACGGGAAGGCGCAGGCUUCUGCCGAUGGUGAAACCGCCAGCGACGAGGAAGCAGAGGAGGGGGACGACCUCACGGUUGAGGAUGUCAUGGAGGUGGCGGCCACCAACGACUUCAACGCAAAGGACAUGAACUGGCUGCGUGAGUUUGCCUCCCGCGCGAACGCACAUUUGAGUCGUCAGAUAGCGUUUUGCAUCGACUUCAGCGACGCGGCGGACAUGCCUAUAUUUGCCCGCUACCGCAAAGGAACGCCAGCGGUGGAGGAGGAAGGGGAGGGGGAGACGAACGUCUGGUACGUUGUUCUUCGUGAGGUGCGUGACCUCUCCUUGUCUGUGUCCGAUCUGCUACGCGAGGUACUCAACGAGGUCUUUGCCAACCCGUCUGUCCCGAGGUCGGUCGACGCUCCGGUUGUGGAGGAGAUCCAAACGGAGGAUGCAGAGCAGCGUGCGAUGGAGCAUCUUGGUGUAGCGUUUCCGAAUCUCUCUGUUUACGGAACCGAGUGUGUGGCGGUGUGUCAGCUGCGUCCUGUCGUGCGGGGUGCUUCUGUCCCUCGGAUGCAAAUCAAGCCGGCGGCUCUCCGAGCACUGCGUCAGCGCUACGGGGAGCGACACGUCUUCGCUUCUCCGUUGCUGGAAGAGGCCGUGGCGCACGCGACGGACAGCGUUUCUGCCUAA